UCGAGGACUGCUCUCCGGUCGCAGCAGCAGCUAAAAGCUCAGAGUUUCAGAGCAGUCGUCUUUCUUUGUGCUAAUAAGAUGAGUCCGUUGUGUGAGUGCUGCUCCGAGCACAUUAAUAAACUGACGCAACAGGUUUCUGUGAUGCGAAAAGAAAUCAAGAACCUGAGGCAGACGUUGGACGGUGCAGUCAGAGCUCAUCGCAAACACCUGGCGUCUGUUCAGGCUGCCGUGGCAAAGAUUGGACUCUGUGAAGAAGAUAAUUCUCCAACACCACCACCACCAUCAGCACCACAGGCUGCAUUAGAGCGAGGGAAUAUCCAAACAGUCCCAAUCGGUUACAUUAGUUCCUGUUUUUCUGCAAAGAAUGGGACUCCCAGGCAGCCCACUAUAUGCGGCCCUUCAAGGGCAGAACUUCGAAUCCAGCAGAGUGUCUUUAACAACCCGGCACAUGCUCUAGUGGGCCUGGAGCAAUACUCCCAUGUCUGGAUCAUUUUUCUCUUUCACAAAAAUGGGCAGCUGAGUUACAAAGCCAAAGUGAAACCUCCUAGGCUGAACGGUCAGAAGGUCGGAGUGUACUCGACACGCAGUCCUCAUCGACCGAAUGCGUUGGGCCUAACACUGGCAAAGCUUGACAAAAUACAAGGCGAUACUGUAUACCUGUCAGACAUCGAUAUGAUUGCUGGCACUCCAGUCCUGGACAUCAAACCCUAUAUCCCAGAGUACGACUCCCCCGACACCCGGGGGAGCACAAACUCAGAGCCCUACGAUUCAGACGCAGACCAGUCGAGUGCAACUUCUGUUUCACUGAAUGAGACAAACCUCUCUAAACUCCCUGAAGAGUCAGAUAUAGAUGUGCAGUUAACCACAGUAGAUCAAAGAGCAGAUAACGCUGAUGUGGGGAAUCUCCUCUCAGAAGAAAAAAACGAUGCUGACUCAACAAGUUCAUCACAUGUCAGUGCUCAGUUUUCCCUGUCCAAAAAGCUUAGUAAUGUGCUGGAGGAGGUCAAGGCUUAUGUGAACCAAGAUGACAUGUUCUUAACAAGUUCUGAAAGUAAGAACCAAGUUUCAGACUCUCCUAAAACUAAACCACCCUUGUUGGAAGCAGACCACCCCUGCUACGGAGAAGAAGCCUACACUACAAUCGCAGGCUGGAUCAGAGAGCCUCCUGUUGCCAGUCUGCAUGUGCGAUUCAGCCCACAUGCUGAGAGGGAGCUGGCAGAAUUCAUUCCCACACACCUAUCAGAUCCAUCUGAAAGCCACAGACCCAGGUUUAAGUUUCUGCGCAGUACAGAGGAAGCAGUCGCUGCCAUCAGAGGGGUCCUGUCAGCAGACCCCCGGUCCGUCUACAGGAGGACUCGCUGCAGAGACAGGCUCUUUUUCUUCACCCUCGACACAGCUGACAUCACCUGCUGGUUUGGACAAGGCUUUGCUGAGGUGCUGCAGGUAAAACCUGUAGAGCCCCACAUUGCCUCAGUGUGAGAGACUGCCCGUUAAUUUUUACUCACUUUGAUAUUUCCAUGUAAAAUCUUUGCUGGCAAACUUUUGUUUCUGAUGUA